GAGGAGGAGGAGGAGGUGAUGGAGGACGAGGAGAUGAUGGAGGAGGAGAUGGCUCAGAGUUUCAGGCUGCAGACAUAGCGUUGGAUGGUGGAUCGGUGAGACGCAGUGGAUGGCAGCUGAUGGAGCAGAGCUACGGGGAGGUGAACCAGCUCGGCGGGGUGUUCGUGAACGGCCGGCCGCUGCCAAACCCGGUGCGGCUGCGGAUCGUGGAGCUGGCGCAGCUCGGGAUGCGGCCCUGCGACAUCAGCCGCCAGCUGCGGGUCUCUCACGGCUGCGUGUCCAAGAUCCUGGCCCGCUACAACGAGACCGGCUCCAUCCUGCCCGGGGCCAUCGGCGGCAGCAAGCCCAGGGUCACAACCCCCGCCGUGGUCAAGAGCAUACGGGACUACAAGCAGGGCGACCCGGGCAUCUUCGCCUGGGAGAUCCGGGACCGGCUGCUGACGGACGGGGUCUGUGACAAGUACAACGUGCCGUCCGUCAGCUCCAUCAGCCGCAUCCUCAGGAAUAAAAUCGGAUCUCUGUCACAGCCGAGUCCGUCUGAGAGCGACAAACCGACUCAGCUCCAGUACGGACACGUCUACCCGUACCCGCCCUACACCGGGCCCGCGGUGACCGCCACCGGGACCAGGGCCGUCAGCGGCCCCGCAGGACACGUCGGGCUGCCGCGGAACUGGCACAACAUUCUGGGGAUCCGAGCUUUCAUGGACCCAGCAGCUCUGUCUGCAUCUAAUGGACACUCAGCCAAAGUGGAGGACUGGACCAGUAUGACCAGUAUGAGCAACAGACCAUUUCCCUGUGGAAUAAAUGGAGCAGAGAAAACCAGCGAGCCAGACUUCAAAUACCCACAGCAGUCUUCAUCCAGUCUGUCUGGUUACGUCUCAGCUUGUGCAUAUUCUCCACCAAACCAGUACGGUACGUACGGAGGGCCAGCAGCCAACUACAUGAACGCUGGGCACCACUGGCAGCCUCAGUCGUCCAGUCUAACUCCCAGUCUGGCUCAUCCCGGCUCUGCAGCGCCACUGGAGGCUGCAGAUUUUCACAUCACGACAUCUUUUAAAUUUUCACAAAGAGAAGAAACUGGAGACCGCCUGAGAUGCCGCCCUGAUGAAGGAAGGUUAGCUGAAAACAUUAAGUAAAUGAGGAGCGGAAACCUCAGAGUCCUCUGAACAAACUCCCUCAUGUUGCUCACAGAUUGUCUUCGGCCUCGUGACGACACAGAGGAAACUCAGAAGAUGUUGGUUUAUCACAUUUUAGAAAAUUUGUGACGAACUUUGUGCUUUGCCUGCACCGGAGCUGAAGACCUGAAGACCUGAAGACAAGCCCCUCUCUGAUCAGGACUCGUUCCAGGAUUUGAUUUAGUGAAGAAGAGACGAAGGAAAACCAAACAAAAUGGACCCAGAAAUAUAAAACCACCGAUCUGGCUUUAACCUGUUUUCACCCUGAGCUGAAAAAAAUCGUUUCAUCAAACCCACUUUGAAGCUCCAUCUGUUUCCAUACUUUUGCCAUGAGGAGGAAAGUUAAAGUUGAAAUUGCAUUGGAUUUGUACCAUCUUGUAAAAUAUGUUGGCAGAGCUGUGAGUAUAUUUUUCUAUAAAUGUGCUUAAUAAAGAUUUAAUAAUGCAA